GGCAUACUAUUAAUGUUUACAUGGCCCUGAAUGAAUGACUGCACAGGAGCCACUGAUUGCACAUUGUUGAUAUGUUGACUCUAAGCCAGUGUUUCUCAACCUUAUUUCAGUCAAGGCACCCUUUAAAAUUAUGGACAGUCCCGAGGCACCCCAUUCUAAAAUGUGAAAAACUAUUCUAAUAGUUUUAUAUACCACAGCAACAUCCACACUUGUAGGACACCCAACAUUAGAGGUGAUUUAUUCUUCCAAAGCACA